AAUGGAUUAAGAUAAUGAAGAUGUUCGUCUUGCAUUUCCUGAAUAUUUGACGAAUAAAGAUGAAGAUGAGUAAUUACUAGAUUAAUGCAUAUAACAAUUCUAAAAGUUACUUGAAUGUUAAGAUUAAUCAAUCCUAAAUCUAAUUGAAGCCAAAUUGGCUGUAGUAAUCAAUCAAACUCCAAUUUCAUCAGUUGUUUGUUUGUAUGAGGAUUUGGCUAUUGAAUAUAAACUAUCUGUAUUAAUUAUCUACAAAAGUAGCCUAAAAAUCAUAAAGUAUCGAAAUUUCUGAAUCAAUUUCCUUCUAUAAAAGUGGCAAAUGAUUUUAUUGAUGGUUAGAUUGCUUAAUUGCCUUGGCCAGUAAUUGGAACUCUAAAAUCAGAAGAGUUAUAAGAUCAUUUGUUAAAGAUAUUUAAUUUUAAUUAUGGAAGAGUAGGAUUACAUGAAUUUGCUUUACUGUGGUUUCCAAAAUUAUUGAAAUCAUAUACCUUAUUAAUAGAUAAUUUGUUUAAUACUAAGACUAAACUAUUGUAAGAUGAAAAAUAUUAUAUGGCUAUCAUGGUAAUGUAAUUUAAGUCUAAAUUUAUUAGGGCGCAGCUGCCUCAGGAUGUGAUUAAUUAUAUUUAUUACUAUCUUAAAUAUUCUAUUUAAAUGAGGGAUAAAAGAAUUGGAUAGAAAUAGGUUAUGAUUGUGUUGAUGAGCACAUUAAAUAAUUAGACCCUUUGUGUAAAUUGUUGAUUACUAAACCAUGGGAUCCUCAAUUAUCUUAAGAAUUACAUAAAUUACUCAAAGGUAAUUGGAAAAGGAAAGAAUUAGUACAAUCAUUGAUGAUCUUUAUAUUCUACAACAAUUUGGGAAGCUUUUCAUUAGGUAAUGGUAUUGUUAAGGAAAUUGAUGCUAUUAUUGAUAAUAAUAGCUCUAUUAAUAAUAGUAUGUAAUGUUCUUAACAUGAAUCUUUUAUUGAUUUUAUUUAGAAUGAAUCCAUACUCUAAGAACUUAAGCAAUCAGCUUUUCUUGAUGAAGAACUUCCCUCUGAAGAGGCAUAGAUGUAAAUUUAAAUUAGAUAAAAAACUUCUUAAUCUUACAGUUUUUAUGUUGAAGAAACAGAUUAAUAAUUAAAAUUGCAUUUUGAUGAAAAAUUCUCUAAACAUUUUUCAAAUUCAGAAUUAUCCUACUGUGAAGGCAAAAGUGUUUUGAGAUCUUCAGUAAACAGUUUUAAAAUUAUUAGGAAUAUUCUUUUUAAUUAAAUAGUUAUCCUGUUUUAAAGGAAGCAUUUCUAGAAGGUGCUGAUGCUAUCAAUAAUUUAUUAUAAGAAGUGAAGUAAAUGACAAGAAAUUCUUUUGGUAAUGAAGAAGUAGCAACUGCAGCUUUUAGAAAAGCCAUACGUUAUUAUGGAGAAGGGUAAUUCAGAUAUUAACAUGAAGAUAUUGAUUAUUGGGCAUAGGUAUAAAUAAAUAACAUAUUUUAUUAUGAAAGAUGGAGAAGUUACUUCCACAAUAAUUGAAAUAAUUCAUAAAAUUACUUAUUUGGACACCAAAUGUUAUUUAAAAAUCUCAUAUAGAGUCAAUUUAACUAUAACUAUCAGCUGAUGAAUUAUGUCACAUCACUCUUCUCACUGUAGCAGCUAGAAUCGAAACUUAAUUAAUUUAUUUAUCUAAAUCUUUAGUUGAGUUUAUGUGA